AUGUGUGUUGACACCAUCGAGAGUGUAAAUCUGACUGUUCUUGUCAUGAUUCUUGAGGUUGCCGAUCCGAAGUCGAUGCAGCACUUUCAGCCAAUUGCUCUUCGUACGAUUACAGUCUCUGUUUUGCGCCGUCAAAUUUUCGACAUCAUCUUGGUAGCACAUGAACUUCUUCAUUACUUGUAUUCCGUCAAUCCUGGAUCUUCCUACGAUGCAGCAUUGAAGUUAGAUAUGGAGAAAGCUUACGACCAUGUCGAGUGGCCUUUUCUUCGAUCAAUGAUGCUCUGCCUUGAUUUUGAUUCUUCAUGGGUUGCUCUCAUCAUGCCCUGCAUGACUUCUGUCUCCUUUUCGCUUGGAGUUGCUCAUGCCCUCACGUACGAAAUUCGGUUAGCAUCCGAAUUGGUUGUUGAUAAGAGGGUGCAAUUGGAGAGGCAGCAGAUCUUGAAUUUGUGUAGCACUGGCCAAAAUAACAUGGAGGCUGAGAAAAUGUUGAUGCUGCAGUUGGCUGAGUUGGAGAAAGCUGAAAGCUUAUUCUAUCAAGAAGUUGCAAGUGAUGAAAUAAAGGAUGCCUUUUUUAGUCAGGGGAAGGAUAAGGCUCAUGGGCUUGAUGGAUUCACAGCUGAUUUUUUUAAGGUGCCUAAUCCAAGUAUGGCCAAGGACUAUAUGCCAAUUUCCUGUUAUUAUGUGAUCUAUAAGGGAAGAAGUAUUGUGGACAUCACACUCUUUUCCCAGGAGCUUGUAAAAGGGUACAAGAAAAGAACUCUCUCCCCUAGGUGUUCCAUUAAGGCUGACUUGCAGAAAGCUUUUGACUCCUUAAGUUGGGAUUUUACUCUUGGAGUUUUGGAAGGGUACCUUGGGAUUCUAUUAGUUCCUAGGAAAUUGACAGAGAGGGAUUAUGCUUGUUUCGUGGAAAAAAUCAAAGCUAAAUUAGGGCGUGUGGAUAAACUUUGUGCACGUUUCUUUUGGAAGGGGGAUGAUGUACCUUCUAAGGGAGCUAGGGUCAAGUGGGAGUGCAUCUGUGUUCCUAAGUCAGAAGGGGAUUAUGGGUAA